CAGGAGGGGCGGCGGCGCCCCCUGUAGCUCGGCAGGGUUCCUGUGCCAUCCCCACCCCAGUGGUCUCAGGAUGUUCUCCAGACUGGUGGCUGACAAGGACCAUUAGAAACCAAGACUAACAUCUGUCCGAUGGGGCUGCCUCUCCAUCCCUCUCUGCACACCUUUGCUGUGGGGGGAGAAGAGGAGCAGAGUAGCAUGAGAAGUGCAAAAUGUUUCAAAUUCCUGUUCAAAACCUUGAUAAUAUCAGGAAGGCUCGAAAAAAGGUGAAGGGCAUCCUUGUGGAUCUUGGGCUUGACAGCUGCAGGGAGCUGCUGCAGAGUCUGAGCAGCUUUGACCCGGGGGAAGAACACUUCUGCAACACUUCAUGGAGUGAUGUCUCUCCUUGGGAGUCUGUGGGCAAGAGGAAGAGGUACAGAACAAAGCCCUACUGCUGCAGUUUGUGCAAGUUCUCCUCCAAACUGCUCACCUCCUUCAGGAACCACUUGCACCGUUACCAUGAGGAUGAAAUGGACCAGGAGCAGGUGGUUCCCUGCCCAAAGUGUGCAUUUGCUUCUGACCCCAAAGUAGUGGGGAAGCACAUCCGGAUGUUCCACUCCAGCAAGAGGAUCCAGAACUACACAGUCAGCAUCCUGGAUGGCAUGCAGCAGGUGUGCAGCGACACCAUAAACUUCACCUGCCUGAAAUGUCACUUCACAGACACUCUGUACUACAACAUGAAGAAGCAUGUGCUGAUGAGCCACUUCCAGAGCCUGAUCAGUUCCUACUUUGGCCAGAAGGCUGAGGACAGCGGUGAGGACGCUGCCGAGCACUACUGCAAGAAGUGCAACGCCUCUGCCAGCAGCCAGGACUCCCUCAUGUACCAUGUCCUGACUGCAGAGACGCACCGAGACCUGGAGAACAAGCUCAGGUCUGUCAUCUCGGAGCACAUCAAGAAGCCAGGGCUGGUCAAGCAGAUGCACAUCGCCCCAAAGCCUCUGCAGGCCGUGGCAGCAGCAUCUCUGGCAGCCACGGGGCCCCCCACAGCCCCAGCAGGUUCCGUUCCGGCGCCUGCCUGCAUCCAGCUCAGCUUCCCACAGAGCAACCCCAGCCAGAGCGUGGUGCAGCCAAACUCAGUCAGGCCACUGCCUGUCCCAAGUGCCUCUGGUAGCCUUCCACAUACCACCUCUGCCCCGGCUGCCCCCUCUCACGUCGCUCUUGUCUCCAGCAACCUUCCUGCAGGCCAGACCAGCAUCGGCAUCCAGCCCUCGCCGCCCCAGCCCAUCCUCGUUUCCCACAGCCUGCCCCUCAGCCAGCCCCUGGGGGCUGGAGCUCUUCCUCUGAACCCCUCUGUUGGGGCUGUCAGCAGAACUGUGGCCCCUGCAGUGUUGCCUCUCAGCCAGCCCGUCAGGCCUGGGCUCUUCCCUGUCAGUCAGCCUCUUGGCCCCAUCAAUGGUCCUGUCGUGGCUGGGACGCUGCCCAUGACCCAGCCUGUCAGCCCUGUCAACCCCCCAGGGGCUCCAGGGGUGCUGUCUGUGAACUCCCCAGGGGCUCCAGGGGUGCUCUCUGUGAACCCCCCAGUGGCUCCAGGGGUGCUCUCUGUGAACCCCCCAGUGGCUUCAGGGGUGCUCUCUGUGAACCAGUCUCUUGGUUCUGUGAGCAGACCCCUGGGCCCCAGGGUGGUGCCUGCAGGGCAGUCGGUGGCGCCGGGGGUCCUGCAGCUGGGCCAGGCAGUGGGCUCGGGGGUGGUGCCCGUCAGGCAGCCUGUCAGGCCGGGGUUCCUGCAGCUCAACCAGCCAGUGGCGCCGGCAGUCAUCCCAGUGCCCCAGCCGGUGCCGCCUGCAGCCUCGCAGGGCACAGCCUUCCUGACCACUGGCUCCAUCCUCCGGCAGCUGAUCCCCACGGGCAAGCAGGUCAAUGGGAUCCCCACCUACACCCUGGCCCCGCUCUCGGUGACCCUGCCUGUACCUGCGGGGGGUGGACUGGCAACGGUGACGCCCCCACAGGUGCCCAUCCAGCUGAUGCAGCCUGGGCCGGUGGCUCAGCUGUCCCAGUCCCCAGCCGGCGCCCCCUCCCCUCCCGUGGUGCUGGCUCCCCAUAACAUCUCCCUGCAGGGCUCUCCCCCCGGGCCCGAGAGCAGCCAGGCUGUCAGGCAGGCCAAGCAGUGGAAGACCUGCCCGGUAUGCAAUGAGCUGUUCCCAUCCAACGUCUACCAGGUGCACAUGGAGGUGGCCCACAGGCAGGGGGAGGUGAAGGCGGAGGGGACCCUGGAGCCCGAGAAGCUGGCGGCCUGCGCGCCCUUCCUGCGCUGGAUGACGGAGAAGACGGUGAGGUGCUUCUCCUGCCAGUGCUUCCUCUGCGAGGAGGAGCUGAUGAGGCACCUCCUGAUGCACGGCCUGGCUUGCUUGUUUUGCACAGUCACUUUCCACGACUUGAAGAGCUUCGUGGAGCACAACAAAGCCACCCACAACGGGAAAAAGCAGCUCCACGCGGACUACAGCAACAGAGGCUUCCAGCUGGGGAAGGACGCUCAGGGGGACCUUGUGUUCCCACACUUCGAUUUCAGUACCCUGCUGCCCAAGGAGGACAUUGACAGGGAGGUGCACCUGGCGGUGCUCGCUGGGCUUACGUCCAGGACGCUCAUCCCUCUCUACAUCAAGGUGAAGCCCCAGACAGAGGAGGCGAGGACUAGGUACAGCAAGGUGUCGACCUGUCCCUUUUGCUUCAGCACCUUCGUCAGGGAAGAGAACUACCAGCGGCAUCUGAAGGAGCGGCACCACAUCAUGCCCACGGUGCACACCAUCCUCAAGACCCCUGCCUUCAAGUGCAUCCACUGCUGUGGUGUCUACACUGGAAACAUGACCCUGACGGCCAUUGCUGUGCACCUGCUGCGCUGCCGCAGCGCCCCCAAGAGCAGUGUGAGGAUGGAGAGGAAGGAGCUGCUGCUCAUUAAUGGCGAGAAGCAGGAUGCUGUGAUGCUGAAGAGGAAGCAGCUGGACUCCUGCUUUGUUGCAGAAGACCAAAGGAGCAAGGAGCAGCUGAGCCUCGGUAGUGCUGCAGAGGAGGCGACUGCAGGGAUUGCACCUUUCAAACGCCAGAAGGUUGGCAGCAGGGCGGAGGUGAAGAAGCUCCCUGGUGAUGACCUUCGCUUCCUGGCAGUGGACCCUAAGGAGUACGACCACAACUCCUACGAGGCUCAGAAACAGUUCUUGAUAGACUACUUCCACAAGAGGCCAUACCCUUCCAAGAAGGAGAUGGAGCUGCUCUCCUUGCUGCUGUGUGCCUGGAAGAUCGACGUGGCCUCCUUCUUCGGCAGGAAGAGGAACGUCUGCCUGAAGGCCAUCAACAGGCAGAGGCCAUCUGUGCUGCUGGGCUUCAGCAUGUCUGAGCUGAAGAACAUCAAGCACAGGCUGAGCAUCAGAGAUGACCCCGUGGAGAUCUGACCGAGCUUCCCUGUGCGAUGCCCGGCACCCCACAGCUGCUCCCCCUCCAUCCAGCAGCCCCUGUGCGGUUUGGGUCUGUGGGGACUGGCCCCCGCAGGGUGUGGUGGCAGGAGAAGUCUUGUUCAGUUGUGGCUGUUCUGUGGAAGCCAGGCCUGGAUGGGCCUGGGAAGGCUCAGCCCUUGGGAUUUGCUGUAGCUCCCUAGCUGUUCCCUUCUGGAGUAGGGAUUUUUUGGUGGUUUGUUUUUUUGCUGUUGGUGUUUUUUUUU